ACACAGAAACGUCUCUAUCGCGAUCUUUUCUCUCUUGGUGUCUUCCUCGCUCACCAUAACGUUUCCUCGCUUACUUCCUCGCUCCUUUCCUCCUGCCUCUCCCCAUCCCCAUAGUUCGUGGGUGUCCCCCCGUGUGCUUCGCACAUCUCUCGUACCGCGCACGAUCGCCCAGUCUGCCGGCAACUCUUCAAUGGGAGUGACGCGCUCUUGGACCGCACCAGAAACAGCUGCUCCUUCUUAUGCUCCUCACAUGAAAGGGGACAUAGAUAAACGCGCGUAUCAGUGAAUGAAGGGAAAAUAAGUGACAGCUGAGAAGCACGGAAUGAUCGGUGUGAUUUUUCUUACUUACCGUGUUGAAAACCAAGACUAAAACAUACGACGAGUGAAGACACGCUACGAUCAAAGGCUCGAUCCCUCUGCUCACGUUCUCCAAGUUUAUUUCAUGCUCGCCUAUUGAAAACAAUUUAGUCCCAAGGUCAUUGUUUCAGGAGUGUUUCAAGUGUAAUUCAUUAAGUGAAGUUAUAGUCGAAAAACAAUUUCAAUGAUCAACAGAUUUACGCAUUGCGGGAAUAAUUCACUGCGGUCUUACUAAACUGUGAAUUGUGCAGUGCUAGAACUUGCAGGAAAUUCCGUUGUUAAUUCGUGUUUUCAUCAAGGAAAUAGUUGACGACAAUGAUUUGAGACAUUCAAACGAAUCGUCGAUCGAUGAACGGUGCACUUCGUGAUUGUUGUUAGAAUAAGUGAAAAAUGUUUGACAUUGAGUGAGAAACUUGAAGCACACUCGCGAGCCGAGGGGAAGCUUCCUCAUACAUAUAAACACGUUCAUCCGCACAUCGUGUACAUCAUAGAAUUCUGUGUGAACCCUUGUCUCGGAUGUGACGAUAGAAUGACGGGGUAUCGGGAAAGAGAGGGCGAUCGUAGGAAAAGUAAGGUCCCACGUCUUUUGUGCGCGAGACGACUUUUCUUACUGAGCUUUCUUAUACCUGGUCUUGGCACAACACCGAAAGUUCGAGCUCAAACACCCGAAUGUCCUCCGACCGAAGCCAUUCCUGGAUGUCCGUGUUACAACUUCGAAGAUGGCCUUUUCCUCGAGUGCCCUGGUGCGACGGAAGACACCAUACGAAACACGAUGAUCGGGGUUUUGUCAGAAGGAGGUCCAACGACGGUCGUUCAAUCCUUGAGCAUCUACGAGUUGGACAAGAGCAUUGAGAAAUUAAAGGAAGGCUCGUUCCCGAUGGGAUCGCAGAUAAGACAUCUACAGAUAUCGCACUCCUCGUUGCAGGAGAUAAGCGACAAUGCUUUCUCGAAUCUGAAGGAAAAUCUAGAAUCGCUGGCACUCGUGUCCGGUCGUUUGCCACAAGUGCCGCAAAAAUCUUUAGCCGGUCUUCACAAGCUCGCUGCGCUUGAUCUCGCGGCAAAUCUCAUACACGACUUGUCCUCCUAUUGUUUCUGGGGUUUGAAACUCAUAAAGCUCAGUUUAAAGGGCAAUCAAAUAUCGAAGAUAUCCGAACACACGUUCGCUGGCCUCGAAGACAGUUUGAGCGAUCUCGAUCUCGAAGAGAAUAAGCUCAAAUUGUUUCCCAUGACUGCCCUUCGUCGACUGGAUGGUUUAGCUUCUCUGCGUCUUGCUUGGAACGAAAUAUCCGAAAUAGUCGACGAUGGAUAUUCGAAACUGAACUCCCUGCUCAUCCUCGACUUGAGCAGCAACAAUUUUGACAAACUGGGUGAGGACUGCUUCAGACCGUGCCCGAUACUCCACACUCUCUCGCUUUACUACAACUCCAUCGAGACAAUUCACAAGGACGCGUUCGUCUCUCUCAAAGAUCUCGAAUCCAUUGAUCUGAGCAACAAUAAAAUAGUAUUUCUCGACGUAACUACUUUCAAGGGAAACGAGAGACUCCGAACGAUCGAACUGAGCCACAAUCACAUACAUUACAUUGGUGGAGUUUUCUCACGACUGCCAAAAUUACGGGAACUCUAUUUGGCGGAGAACAACAUACUGGAAAUUCCAGCUGAUGCCUUUGUCGGAAGCAUUUCUCUCGCGGUUAUAGAUCUACAGCAGAACGCAAUUCGCAGGAUAGAUGCGAGAGGACUAUCAAGCCUGACGCAACUUGGACAACUUCAUUUGAGCAACAAUUAUAUCGAGACAGUGCCAAUGGAGUUUCUCGAGCACAGCGAAAAUCUAUCUUCCCUUUCGCUGGACGGUAACAAAAUUCGGAAUCUACAAGCCGGCACAUUCGUGAAGCUUCAUCAAUUACGAGAACUCAGGCUACAGGAUAAUCGAAUUGGUGAAGUUAAGAGGGGUGUGUUCUCCCAGUUGCCCUCCCUCCUCGAGCUCCAUCUACAGAACAAUGCCAUUACGAACGUAGAGACAGGAGCUCUGCGAACGCUCAAUGCCCUGCAACACGUAAAUCUACAAGGAAACCAGUUGUCCGUCCUCGGUGAUGUAUUUCAGCUGUCAACUUCGGACUCCUCGAGCGGUGGCAGUUCACUAGUUUCCAUUCAACUGGACAGCAAUGGACUUGAGGUAUUACACAACGAUUCCUUACGGGGCCAAGCAUCCGUGAGAAUAAUGUGGCUCGGUCACAACAAGCUCACCCACCUCCAAGCGCCGCUCUUUCGGGAUCUUCUGCUCGUCGAGCGUCUUUACCUCACCAACAAUUCGAUAUCGAUGAUCGAAGACACCGCUUUCCAACCGAUGCAAGCGCUCAAAUUUCUUGAGCUCAGCAUGAACAAACUGAGUCACGUGACGACAAGAACUUUCUCCGAAUUGCACGAACUCCAGGAACUCUAUCUCCAGAACAACGGGCUUCGUAAGCUCGAUCCUUACGCCUUUACAACAUUGAAGAAACUCCGUAUUCUCGAUUUGGCGAACAACAAUCUCACUACUCUCGAGAACGCCAUGUUCCAAGAAAAUCUACCAAUAACGAGCUUGAAUCUGCAAAACUGUUCAAUCGAGAACAUCGAGACCGAUGCUUUUCGAGGGCUCAGGUACCUCCUCGAGCUCAAUCUUGAAAAUAAUCGUCUGACAGCCACUGCCCUUAGGAAGCUCACGUUCUCGAGCCUCCGAACGUUGACAGCUUCGGGUAACAACUUCACCCAAAUUGCUGAAUACAGCCUGUACGGUUUGCAAUCGCUCCAAGAACUUUAUCUCGAGAAUGCACAAAUCGAAGAGUUACCCGAAAACAUAUUCACCCUCAAUCCCAACCUCGCUAAAUUUCAAGCAAGCCGUAAUCUCCUGAAAGAUUUGCCGCCUCGAGUAUUUUCAAGAUUGCACUCGCUGCGAGAGAUUCAUCUCGACAAAAAUCUAUUGACCGCCGUUCCGUACACGGCUUUCUCCUUCGCUCCAAAUCUCGAGAUACUAUCGCUCUCAUGGAACAAAAUUGACUCGGUCAACGCCGCAAAUCUGACGAAUCUAAGAUAUUUGAGAGAGCUCGAUCUCAGUCACAACAGGAUUGAGAGCAUGUCGGGUUUCGCCACGGCCAAUAUGUCACGAUUACUAUCCGUCGAUUUGAGUCACAACAACUUGAAAGCUCUGCCAGUCAAUUUUUUCGCAAGAUCGACCAUGCUGCGUCGAGUUGAUUUAUCAGAAAACAAAUUCGGACAGAUACCAGCGAUGGCCCUCUCCGGACACAAUUUGCCCGGUUUGAUCUGGCUAAAUUUGACGAAAAAUCCACUCAAUCGGAUACACGAUGUACCUGCCGAAGCGAAGUACCCGAUACUCCAAGAAAUUCAUAUUUCCAGCACGAAUUUGAGUAUCGUUACUUCUCAGGAUUUCGAGGCGUUUCCAGCUCUUCUUCACUUAUUUCUCAACCAAAAUGGUAUACUUCGAGUCUCACCCGGAGCAUUCAGAAGUUUACCCAAUCUUUUGACUCUUCAUUUGGGCAUGAACAGUCUCGAGAUCUUGCCAAAAGAACGAUUACAGGGAAUAGAACACUUGCGAAUAUUGAAUCUGACUCACAAUCGUCUUAAAGAACUCGAAGAAUUUCCAGCCGAUCUGAAAUCACUGCAGAUUCUCGAUCUGUCGUUCAAUCAGAUUGGCAUUGUCGGCAAGGUGACGUUCAAGAACCUCGUCAGUCUGGUCGAGCUUCAUCUCUACGGUAAUUGGAUAAGCACUAUAUCGAGCGAAGCCUUCAGACCACUUAAGAAACUACGUCUAUUGGAUCUUAGCAGAAACUAUCUCGAGAAUCUACCUUUGAACGCUUUUCGGCCACUUGAAACUCAGAUACGGAGUCUUCGAGCUGAAGAGAAUCCGUUACAUUGCGGUUGCGAGUCCCAGGAAUUGUGGGAAUGGUUACGCGAUCAUCAAAAGCUCGUGGGUGGAAUUGGACGGGAUCGUGAGCGGGGAAGUAAUGGCGGUGUCGGAGUGGGUGACGUCGAAGCGGGCUUACUCAGAUGCGAACAGCCACCGGAACUCCGAGGACUCGUCUUUCUCGAUCUGGACCCUCCCGCGUUUUGCUCAGCACCGCUUGUACCAAAGCUCGCUAUUCAGGACAUUCAACCGUUUUCAGUUUUGGUUUCCUGGCAGAGUAGAAAUCAUUCGGGAUUGCAUGGCUACCAGGUCGCCUAUCACGCACUCGACAACGUCGACGAGGUUCGAAGGAAGCUCCUGGGCCCGGAAUCUCGUUCCGUGCGGCUUUCGAAAUUGGCGUCGGACACGCGGUACCUUAUCUGCGUUUUAGGGCUGGGAAGUUGGGGGACGCCAAUGCCGGAGAGCGUUAACUCAUGGCAAAUGAACGGUUCGCACGACGACGUUAUCGAGAGUUCAGUGCCACCGAUUAUGAUCGAUUCGCCGAUGAGUCGAUGCACGGAGGUGAGAACCCUGGACGCGCCUGAUACCGUGAUCGGUGAAGGAUCAGUCGGGGAUCGAGGCGGAUUAGCGAGUAUUUUAACCCGCCGACUGGGACUCAUUGUUGGCAGUUGUAUGGGUUUCGUCGUCUUUAUCGUAUUGGUUUCGGUGUUGGGUUACAUGAAAAUGAAAAAGCAACGCGCUGCGAUGAAGAGGGAACAGCCCCUCCCGCCAAAUCCGCCCGAGUACAUGUCCUACAGACACUUCUCGUUGCAAGGGGGCGACAGAGCCGAAAACGCGUGUCCCAGUUUCAUCAGUAAUAUUGGCACAACACCUUUGAACUCGUAGCACAAGAUUAAUUCUGCGCGAAAAACGAGCGAGCAACGCGACAUCGAACUUAAAAGUGUGUCCACUUGUACCGGGAUCUACGGUUGAUGAUGCCAAUGGAAGAUGCCAGGAGAGCAGAUUCAAGAGGAAAUAUAUAAAACAAUGGCUUUUCAACGUUAUGAAAGGUACUCGUGGAAGCGGAGGGAACUGAAUAAAAUUAGUUUCGAGGGCUACUUCAAUCGAGUAGAGAAGAGUGAAAAAAAAUUUGUAGGAAUUGUUGGACAAAUCGAGAGCCAUCGAACCCGUGAAAUAAAGUGUUCCGCGUAUCGUUUUUUACAGUUCAUUCGAAAAUGACGAAAGAACGAAAUAUGUAACGAGAUCACGAACUGAAUACGAAAAAAAAACAAAAACAAACGAACUUUUAGAAAGUAUUUAGCUUCGAUUUAAAGAUUGAAUAUUAAUGUUUCGCGUGUGUCGCAUGAUCUCUUCGUCAAAAAAGAUGUUGCGUCGCCAUUGAAGGUGGACGUUAAGGCAACGUGCUGCACCGACCGAGUUUCCAAAUCUCGUGCUUUUCCGAGACGACACGACCGAUCGAAUCGACAACGCACCGAGUCCGUAUUUGCCAUGUACUCUUUAUCGAUCGGCUCUAUCGGUUCGGAGAAUCUCAGUUUUGACGCGUCGAAACGGUUAAUGCGUGUGAUACGCGACCUUAAAGUGAACGAGUCUAGUAAUAAAAUACCCACUGGUAUGCAAUGAAAACGAAUGAAACGAGGGUAGAGUUUUUUUAAAAAUAUAUUUAAAAACGACGUUUCAACAACGAUUCAACACGAUUCCCAGAUCCUCGUAUCUAUCCGCAUUUAAGACUGAUUUUUUAACGAUCAACAGAUACACACACAUAUACACAUAGGUUCUUUCAGUUCGAACCUCGCUGAACCAUUGACAUUAAGUUGUAAGAUAGACAAUUUUUUGUAAAUAACAUAGCUAGGUCAAGAGUCGAGGAAAGAGAAAAAAUUAAAAUAAAAGAAGAAGAAAUGAGAAGCGAAUAAAACAUUGUCGAAUCGAAUAUCCAACGCGAUCUUGUAGAAGGUUCUGCCAAAUGGUACUCGAAAACGAAAAACCCAAUUUUCUAACCCAAUAGUCUAAUCGUCUAACAACCAUGUUUAUGUAACUAAGCGAACGAGUUAUUAGUACGAGUUCCCGCGGUACGAAUCCCGGAGGGAAAAUGUAAUUCAUUGAACAAGUAAACACUUUAUCGAAGCCAAAUUUGAUUCCUGCCAAAAUAAUCGAAUUCGCGAAUUUGCCAAAAACAAAAGAACGAAAUGAAUAUUAUUAAUAUUUACAUAAUAUGUCAAUAAUGCGACGAAACUUACACACACGUACACGAGUUCAAAGAUAUUUUGCGGAGGGACAAUUAUAUAUUGUAUAUAAUUAGAGAUAAUAAUGAAGCAUAUUGUACAUUACGAGUCUAGACUAAGGAUUAAUAAAAAAAUGAAUAAUACCAAAA